AAGUACAUUCGUCUGCAAAGGCAGAAGGCCGUUCUCCAUACAAGGCUGAAGAUCCCUCCCCCAGUCAACCAGUUCUAUCAGACUCUGGACAAACAGACAGCUACCCAGCUGUUCAAGCUGAUGGACAAGUAUAGGCCCGAGGACAAGCAGGCCAAGAAGCAGAGGCUGAAGGAGAGAGCAGAGGCCAAGGCUGCCGGCAAGGAGGAUGCACCCACCAAGCGUGCCCCAGUCAUCAGACAGGGAAUCAACACCGUCACCACUCUCGUUGAGAAGAAGAAAGCUCAGCUUGUUAUCAUUGCCAACGAUGUUGACCCCAUUGAGUUGGUUCUCUUCCUUCCCGCACUCUGCAGGAAGAUGGGAGUCCCUUACUGCAUUGUCAAGAACAAGGCCAGGCUUGGACGCGUAUCCAGGAGGAAGACCUGCACGGCUCUUGCUAUCACCAAUGUUGAGUCUGCUGAUAGAGGAACCCUCAGCAAGCUCGUCGAGACGGUGAAGACCAACUUCAACGAGAGAGGAGAGGAGAUCAGGAAACACUGGGGAGGUGGUUCUCUUGGAAGCAAAUCUGCCGCCAAGGUUGCCAAGAUCGAGAAGUUGAAGGCUAGGGAGCUCGCCCAGAAGAUCGGUUAAACACACCUUCAUGUUCACUCUUGACCCAUCCUCCUCAGGUCAACGCGUUGUGUACAGGCCUCACGAAAUUUCUUCGUUUCAGA